AUGUCCACCACCAACUUCUACCCCCACUCGCUACCCGGCCUCACGGACCGCGAGGCCGUAAUUGACGCCGUGAUCCGCGCCUGCCACGCCAUCGACGUGCGCGACAAGGCUCUGUGGGACUCUGCGUGGUCCACCACUCGCUCUUCGGAGGUGUCGAUGCCCAUCACCGGCCGUGAGACGAUCAAGGGAAAGGAGGCAAUCGACGCCCUCUUCGGCAUCGCGUCGCGGCUCGACACGCACCACAUGACCAGCUCGAUUCGCGCCUGGAUCCACGAAGGAGGGGAGACGGCCAGUCUAACGGCUGCGGCCACGAAUCAACAUUACCCUGCGGGAGAGGGGAUCAAGGGCGGGACGGAGCGAGCCUUCAUCGCUGGCUCGCGCUACGAGGUGGCACUAGUGCGCGAAGAGGGCGGGUGA